CCAUUCCCCGCUUUCAAUCGGCAAGAGAAAAAAACAAACCCCGAGAGGAGGAAAAAAAGCUCGAGAAGAGCAAACCCUAGGCUCCUGUGGCGCGGACGAAAUCCUAAUUCGCCGAGUUGGAUCGGACCAGGCAAGGGGCUUUUGCCACAGAUCGGCGCUCCCCCGUCCUCGGAUUCGAUUCGGCAGCUCAAUUUGUCGGCGAUCCGUGGCUGGAUCUUCUCACCGCCCGCCGCCUCUCUCGCCCCCUUUCUCUCGAUCCGUCUGCGAUACACAAAGCACUCCGCCGCUCAUCUACCCUCCGCCGCCCCAGCCGACGCCUCCGGGACCCGGAGGCAAGCUGUCCGUGCCGGUCCGCCGCCGACGCCUGACGCUGACGAAGGCCUCUAAGGAUUGCAGAUGAAAGGAUGAUUGAUACUUUUUCUGUGAACUUGCUUUGGAUUCAACUGAACCCCCAUGCUCCUCGCCAAGUCCGCCCCUGAUCUGGGAGCGGAACUUUACGUAUGAUGGGAGGAGAAAUUCUGGGAAAAUCUGCUCUUUUCAUCCGUGGGCUCGUGAAUGGAAUCCAGUGGCGGUGAUAAGCCCACCGCAACAGAUGCUACUGAGUCGGUGCUGGGUUUAGAUGGUGAGGAGACUCUGUCUGAGAGGGAAUCUGUUGGUGCACGGCAAGGCCCUGUCUUGCCUAAUGGGGGUGGAAAGGAGGCUCCUUCAAGCAGUUCAUCUGUCGGGAGUAAGAGGAAGCGGAACAACUUGGGUUCUAAUCAAUCUGAACUCAAUGAGCCAGGAACGCCGAGUUCCAGUUGUGAUUCCACAUGGAGUAUAGAUAGUUUGGAUGACCGUCACCAACCCUCAUUGUCGAGAAAUAAGAAUAACUACUCUGAGCAUUCAGUUACUUCUGCUGGAGUUACAGUGAUCAGGCAGCCUCGUGGUGUCUUGAGGUUAAGGAAGCUGCCCCAGAAUGUCAGUACUGAGAGUUGGACUGGUGGUCAUAGUAUUCCACAAGCCAAUGGAGUUCCUAGUUCCACCCAACUCUCGAGUAGGAACAAGAGAGGGGAAUCAAUUGUGCCCAAGGGGAACAGAGUUGGUGGUGAUGACCCUGUCAGUUGCUUGAGAACUGAGAAUGGUACUUGUGAUCAUGAUACUGGCGCAAAGUUCUGUUCUGAAACUGAAUUCUCAGUUGAAAAGCAGUCUCAUCUUUCAGGUGAACCCCCUAAAGCUGUUCAUGUUGACAAGGAUAGCUGUGGCCAUGUAAAAGAUGAUGAUGGUGUUAAUUUGGAAGAAGAUGCUGCCAGGAUGCUCUGUUCCCUAUCAGAUAACAGAUGUGCAGGAUCACCAAGGAAGAAAAUGAAAUCACCGGAUGGGUCAUCAAAGAGACAUUUUCCUCAGAAUUCAAAUCAUUUCAAGAAUUCAUACAAAAAGAUCAAGGAUGUACCUGGUCCAGCUAGGUUGCUGAGGAAGCGUGAUGAUAAAGUUCCAUUCAGGAAGCGCCGUCCACGGCGGCAUUUUUAUGAAGUCAGCCCUCGCGAUGUGGAUCCAUUUUGCAUUGUAAAAGAGAGGAUCAGGGUUUUUUGGCCUCUUGAUGAGACUUGGUACUUUGGCCUGGUCAAGGAAUAUGAUCCGGUUAGAAAGUUACAUCAUGUAAGGUAUGAUGAUAAGGAUGAAGAAUGGAUCAAUCUUCAAAACGAGAGGAUUAAGCUUCUUUUUUUGCCUGCUGAAGCUCGUAAUAGAUCUAAAUGCAACAAUUCAAGGUCAGCGUUUAAACCGAAGUAUGAACAGGGUGACCGAGAAGACAUGGAUGGAAGCAAUACAGAGAGUUCUGAGUCUGGUCCCAUCAGCUCAUGGUUGGCACAACCAAACGAAGCAAAAUCUGCUACACUCAGUAACAUCAGCAAGCAAGAUCACGCUCAUUCUGAUAUUCCAAUUUUAUUUGACCAAAAGCAGUGCCACAGUUCUGGUGCCAAGCAUGAUGGGCUGUUGCCUAAUGAUCCUAUACCAGGUAGAGCACCUGCAAAUGGUGGUGCAGAAGUUCUCAAUGAUAGGAUCACACCUGUGGACAGGAGAUUUCGCUUUGUUUAUUCUAGGAGGCGAUUUUGCAGAAAAAAGAAUGGAUUUCUCAACACUUCAGAACAGAAUUCUAAUUCCCAAAGAAGUGCAAGUCCUGCUAUGGUUCUUGCUACACUUCCUUGUGUGCAAUCUGGUAGUGAAACUGGUGCUUCAGUGACAUAUGUCAUACUGUUAUUGAGCCUCCCAUUGAAACCUGUUUAUAAAUUGAUUCGUGAAGCCUGUUGUGUUUGGGUUUCCAAUGCCCUCUUUCUCCUUCAGCAUGGUACACUGGUUGCCUUGUGGCCUGUUGUUCAGCUGGACAUACUUCUUGUCGAUAAUGUUUUAGGCUUGAGGCAUAUCCUUCUUGAGACAUGCUUGAGAUCAGCAGUAUCUCUUUUUUGUUUACUUGUUGGAAGCUUCAAGCGGUGUCCUAGGCAGAGAACUACCAAGGCAUCGACAAUGCCAUGCACCUCGAUCAAAUUUCAGAUAUCUGGUGUGCAUGGUAGACGCCAAGUAGUGUUUAUGCUAUUCAGCUUCGUUGGGGUAGAGAAAUCAAAAUGGGAACACCUGCAAGGAAAGCUGCAAUACCAGUGUUCAAAAAGGGAGUUCUCUAAAGGUUGCACAAAUGACGUUGUUCAUAGAGGCCUUUCUUCAAUUGAUCCUUUCUCGAAGGAUUUUGAUGUUCAGGAGGCUGACUUUCUUCCAGAAUCAAAUUAUUCAGAUACUGAACCUGUCAUUUAUUGUCUUGAUGAGCAGUGUAAAUUUGCUCGCAAUGUUCUGGACGUGACAACUGCACCUUCACUACUGCUUUGCCACCACUUGAAAUCGUUAACUGAAAUCAAUUUGAUUAAUGGUUCGCAACAAUCCAUUUCAUUUGCUUUGGAUGAGAAUCAGCAGCUUUUGGUAACGGAACGUUCAUCUGGUACAGUUCGUCCUGUGCCUCCUAGAGUUUGUUCACUUAAUCUCAGUUCAUCACCUGAUAGUCCAUUGGAUAUGGCUUCUGCUAGUUGUACAGACCAAACUCGCUCAACUAGUAGGGAAUUCAAGACUGCUGAAAGCACUGUAAGCCCAGAAUGUAAUGGUGGCAAUACUGGUGAUGCAAACAUAAUGCGCAGAAAGUUUCUAGAUCAAAAUGGGCCUUAUCUUGAUGCUGAUAAACCAUGUUCCUACAAUCUUAAUGUUAUUUGCUCUCCACAGAAGUCUUCAGAGAGGCAUCUUUCCAUCAAUAUUCCUCAAGAUAAGGUGAUUGAUGCACCGAAUGACAAACCUCUUAACAAAGAUGAAAAAGACAAGCAACCAGUAUCUAACUUGGUCCAGGAAUUGAAUGAACAUCCAAUUGGUCGUGCUACACCAACUGCCCCCAGGACUACCUAUCAUCGGAACCGGUUUACAUCUAUAUCACGCACUUUUGGAGAUGGUUCAAAAUUACUGCCAGAAGACCUCAUGGUGACUGGCUUUGCUGGUGGUUCUAAGAAGCCACGAAGUCAGGUUUCAUACUCAAUUUCUCCUAGAAGUGAGGAAUUUGGCAUAAAAAACAAAGGCCAUUUUCGCAAGAUACAGUCUCAUAGCAGUGCUAAGAUAAAUGAUGCAAAGAAACUUCCUGAUAGUUCUAGAAGUGGGCAUAGCAGUCCGGAGUCAUUGACUUGCGUUGCAAAUGUUCUGGUUACAGUGGGUGAUAGGGGUUGGAGGGAGUAUGAUACCCAGAUCACAAUGGACUCCGAUGGUCAGAGUGAACGGAGGAUAUGUGUGAAGCUUGCAGAAGGAAAGAAGUAUGCUCACAAGGUCUGUCAAGUUUUGCAGCCUGGGGCCACAAACCGUUAUACACAUGCUAUGAUGUGGAAAGGUGGGGCUGAAUGGUGCCUAGAAUUUCCUGACAGAAGCCAGUGGUUGGUUUUCAAGCAAAUGCAUGACGAAUGUUAUAGCCAUAACAUCAGAGCUGCGUCUGUGAGAAACAUUCCAAUCCCUGGUGUCUGCUUGGUUGAAGUCCCUGAUGAUAAUGAUGUUGUAUCCUUUGUGCGAUCUGAAGAUUAUCUUGGCCACAUUGGAACAGAUGUUGAAAUUGCUCUUGAUGAAUCCCGUGUGGUGUAUGACAUGGACAGUGAUGAUGAAGAGUGGAUAUCAAGUUGGAGGAAAUUCUUAGUUGGAGAUGACAUCACUGCACAUGAAUUGGCAGAAGAUUUGUUUGAGAGGGUUAUGGACAAAUUAGAGAAGUUUGCAUAUAGCCAUAACUGCAAUGAGCUCAGCACUGAUCAGAUGAAGGAAAUGGAUAUUGAUAAUGUACCACUGGACAUUAUUGAAGUGAUACAUGCAUAUUGGCAAGAUAAGAGGCAGAAAAAAGGAAUGCCGCUUAUUCGACAUUUUCAGUCUGCUAUGUGGAAGAUCUACGAGCAGCAGCUACAUGAAUGGGAAUCGACUGUAUACAGAAUGCAGGGUUCAUCAAAUGGGUACCAAGAAAAGAAAUUGCCUCCCAAACCAGCAUUGUUUGCCUUCUGUUUGAAGCCUCGCGGACUCCAUGUACCAUACAAGGGGCCGAAGCAGCGUUCUCAUAAGAAGCUUAUGUCCACAGGCUGCCAUAGCUUUUCGAGAGAGCACGAGGGCUUUUACCGACAAGUAUCAGGCAGGAAAUACAAUGAAUACAUUGGGGAUGGGAGGAUAUGUGAACCAUACGACAGUGGUUCUCUUUAUUCCCCAACAGGGUAUUCUCCCAGGUUCUCUACAAGAACAGAUUCCCCUCGGGCGUUCGAUGCCUCGGAAAGAAGCUCUACACCAAGAUUUUUCAGGACUAAUAGUGUGAAAAGGAGUGCAAGCUUUGCAUUCUCUGAUGAUCACCAGCCAUCACCUUCCUUCCGCCAUCAGAAAGUAAAGCGAGGUGUGGCUGACCACUGGAACACUGUCAUUCAUGAAUGGCAGAACUCGAAGCACCUCUUCCCAGGCUCAUCCCGUGUUGAUAUUGAGGAGCUCAAGCUGCGUGAUGCCGCGGGUGCAGCGCAGCAUGCAGCUGCCAUGGCGAAGCUCAAGAGGGAAAAGGCUCAUUGCCUGAUGCGCAAGGCUGAUCUUGCCCUCCAUAAGGCCACGGUGGCACUCAUGAUUGCUGAUGCGAUUAAAUCCUCCAGCAGGGAUACCUUCCGGGAUGGUAGAAGGGAUUUGAGGGAUGAGGAACGCUGACAUCUUUUCUUCUCCUUUUUGCCACGAGCCCCUGGUGCAUACAUGCAACUUGAGCUCGCUGGAUCUUUCGCUGACGAAAGGAGCUUGUUUGCUCCAGUCGAUCUAGUCAGUAGAUAGCAUCCCCCUCCUCUCUUUUUCCUCCAUUGCAUCUCCUGUACAUAAGUUUUUAUUGUUCCUUUUCUCCUCCUUAUUUAGACCUUCCGGUUAACAUGUUGCCCGGUGAAGAAUGGGCCAGAAUGGUAGGUCAGCUAUCUGUUGGUACAAUCUGGCAUGUUGUCCGCAUAGUGGCUAUGUUGUCUCAUGGUUGAGUCACUCCGUAGAAUGUGACUGUUUGGGUAUUUUGGGGCUUCUAGCCGCUAUCAUACAAAAACAAUGGAAAGAUGAAUGAAAGGCACAGUACAGGGUGUAGUGCCUCUGAAACUGACAUGUGGUC